CUGAAGAUGAAAGCAGUCAAAUGUUUGUCAUUAUAAUGCUAAUGUCAAUAGUUUUAGACAGGACAGUGCUCAUCUGCUUUUUGCUAAAAGUUCAUCAGUAGCCAAACCUGUUGUGAUUUUGGGAGUCUCACCACAUCUACCAGAGGGAUGGAAAAAUGGCAGGAGAACAAGAGCAUGCACACUAUGAAUUUGCGGUCAGUGUUUACUGCUGAGCAGCAGCGGAUCCUGGAGCGUUAUUACGAGAAUGGCAUGACCAAUCAAAGCAAGAACUGCUUUCAGCUCAUUCUGCAGUGUGCCCAAGACACCAAACUUGACUUUAGUGUGGUUAGGACUUGGGUAGGAAACAAGAGACGGAAGCUGGCUUCCAAAACAGAUCAAAAUGGAGUCGCCGGUCAAAGUCUUUCCAAACAUCAUGCUCUGCCUGCAGAUUCUCGGGCACCCGUGUUAGCAGGAAAGAUAGUGGGCACACAGAGCAAUCCACCAGUGACCCACCUGCUUCCUCCACAGGCCUCAUGCUCCUCAUCCUCCUCUUCUCCAUUGUCUUCCUCCCCGCUCAGCACUGGAAGUGGACCCAACAGUGACAUAAUUUUGACAGGUAUUUACUCCUUGACUCGAAGCACUAAUCGCUUUGAUGCUCCCACUCUCAGCAGGACUGGGAUACAAACGUUGCCUUUACACACCAAAACCGAUCGGCCUGCUCAAAGUUGCACAGCUUUGCACACAGACUCUGCUGUGCAUCAUGCAAUCAGUGCAAGCAUGCAAAGAAAAGCCCCCAUCAGCACCAGCACACCAAAGUGUAUCCGAUUAUUUAAACAAAUCACUACUACAGACGGAAUUUCACCAAACUGGGCCAAGCAACAGGAGGCACUGGAGUCACAAACAUGGCCUCAUUCCCUGCCUAGACAAACUGUAGCGGUACGUUGCAGUCCUCCGCAGUCUACCAUAGACAAUAGCACUCUGAUUCAGAAAGCUUUCACCACGGCGGGAUUAGGGGCGGCAUCACACCUGCCUUUCUCGAAGACCAGUCAAGAAAAAGAAACAAUAAAAAAACAGAUUCCUGACAUGUCAGCGAUAUUUUCUAUUGCGAUGGAAACGGGCGAUGCUGAUGACGAGUACUUAAGAGAAGAGGAAUUGGCAAAUAUGGGCCCGCAAAUACAGUUUAGUAAAUCCAACAGUGGCAGCGUCUGCCAGGCAGAUGGUGUGCGUAGCUCCGAUGUGUUGAGCCAAUCAACAACCAUUGUUAAUGCAUCAAACAAUUCUCUCUUUGAGGAGAAAGGAUGUCAGACCAACAGCUCUUUGACUGAUACAUCCUCCCACAGCAGCUUUUCUUUAAGACCACUCUCGCAGCCGUCUUCUGGAAUACCCAGUUUCAAGGUAACAAGUAAUAUGUCAGCUCCAUGGCUUCAUAGCAACUCCCGAAAAAGAACGCUGCAAGACAGGACCCAGUUUAGCGACAAAGAUGUGUACGCACUGAAGAGGUACUGGGACAAUGGCAUGACCAGCCUGGGCCUUGUGUGCAAAGAAAAGAUAUCAGCCGCCGCAAAUAAACUCAAUGUGGACAGUGAAAUCAUCAAGACAUGGAUUGGUAACCGCAGAAGAAAGUACCGUUUGAUGGGCAUUGAAAUUCCACCACCUAAGGGUGGACCAGCUAUGUUCUCCAAUCAAACUGAAGCCUAUUCUCCUCAAAACCUUGAAGAUGAACAUGGAAUUCCUGAACUAACUGAGGGCAGUGAACACAAUGGCAUUGUGCCACUCUGUUUGUCUGAUGAUGGAGCCAGUGAUUGCUGUGAAACAAUAAAUUAUUAUGUAAAUGACGAAUCAGAUAGGUCCAGUGCUGCAGGAAAUGUGAAGAUUGAAAUCACAGAUGACGAGGAUAAUGGUGACAUAUUGAAUGCAGAGAUGGAACAGAUACAAACAUUCCUGGAGUUCAAGGUAAGUAGAGUAUCACAAGCUGAAUGAGAAAGUGAAGAAAACAAAUGUUAAUGGCUCUGAGCAUUUUUUUAAUAACUUCCACAAGAAGUGUUUUGUAAGAUCUCUGCUUUGUUAAACAGCUGUAAAAACUUUCUUAAGUG